AUUACCUAUUCGAGUAGCAGGAAUCAUGCUGACUGGACAGUUUUGUUGCGCGAAUUGUUGUAAAAAGAACUUCUCUUCUGAAUUAUAUAUUUGUAAGAGAUGCCAUGAAAUACUAUGUGCAUCAUGUCAAUUGCAUCACGUCGAUAUCAAAGUCAUGGGGAAAAGGUUACAUGAAAUGAUCAACCUGAAUGACUUAAUAAGUACAACUCUCAACGAAAAUUAUAGUAAAGACCCAACAAACUCUCGUCUGCAAACAAAAACGGGGAGUAAAUUUAACAGACAAUUCGGGAUGAAAGCAAUCAGAAAACAUAAACAAUUGGCAGCAUGCAAUGCUGCUAUUAAAGAAGCUUUGAUUAAAAAUAAAAAGAGAAAUGAGGCAAUAGAAAGAAAAAUUAAAACUUCGUUGAAGCAGUUUACCGUAAAAUUUUUGCAAAUGCUGAGUAGUCACGAAAAACAUUUACGCCACCAACUUGAUGACAUGGCUCACUAUCAAACGACACAGUUGACAUCCAUAUUGAAAAACUCGGAAAUUUUAAUGAAAAUAUUUGAUCAGGCAAAUGAUUUCAGAACAUUCUCGACGGCAGAAGACUCCGGAUAUAUUUCAGAAUUGGAAGAAAACUAUAGCCUUUUUGACAGGCUGGACGUAAUGCAACUAAUGACAAGUUUUGCAAAUGCUAUGGAUGGAAGAAUAAAAUUUACAUCCCUUAGCGAACAAGAUAUGAAAUCAGCUCUAAAAACUUUACCGGAUUUAGGAACAGUAUUAUUACAUAAAUCCAACGAAGGUCCAUUUGCAAACGAAAUGUGGGCUACUAGAAAAUCGGAACGUCGUGCUGCUGCUGACUACCCAGCUCCAUCAGACGACAGCGUUGGUGAAACUGAUCCUGAUUUCGGGGUAUUUCACAUGGGAAAAAGUUUAGGGAAAAUUCCUGCAGUUCGACAUAAAAAUCCUACAUAUGUUCCAAAAUAUCAAAUUGUUAAUCAAGACGUAACCGUCCAGGAUGAGAUGGUUCUGCCAGCUAUUAAGAAAAAGGAGCAAAGGCCACAAUCUGCAGAAACAUCUAACAUGUUUCGGCGCCUGCACAAUCCAUUUCGCAAGCAGAAAAAAUCAGAGUUACUCGAACCCGGUCGUGAUAGAUCAGCCCAAAACUUUACGAAAGCAAAAGAGAUGGAGAUGGCAACGAGAAGUUACUCUUCAAUAAAGACGCCAACUGUUCCCCUGGAACACAAAAAUCACACUAAAUUUCAAAAAUUUCGACAUGUGAGAUUUGGAAAUGUGGAGGAGAAGCGAUAUUCACAACAUUCGGAGAUGGACAAUCCGGGAAUCGCUUCUAUACGUUGCCAAAGCGCUCCGGAUAUUUCGAAUGUGAGAAAAUGGAACACGGAAAGAUCAGAAGGUCGAAAAUCAAAUACAAACGGACGAAAAGACACAGUGGGACGUCGAAUACACGGAACAAUAAAAUCUGUCGUUAUCUGACUUGGCCAUGCCUCUCGCGCCCAGAAACGGGUAUUACGACGUCGGGUUUUCUGGAGCCAUAACGUAUUAUCACAACCUUGAGUUCCGUAAAGUGUUUUUCAAAUUCAACUUACUAUUCAAUAUAAUUGACUGAUUAGCAUAAGUAUCUUUUCUGUAAGUAAAAUGACGUAGUCCAUGCAAUUUGAAAAUUUAUAACGAUAUAAUAUAUUUUACCUAUCAUUAUAACGUAAUAUUGGUUUCCAAGGAGCAUUUAUGGCGUCAUUGCUAAAGAGGGGCCUCACAAAUGACACAACCUUGGGGCUCUUAUUGUCUAAAUCCGAUCCGGUAAAACGUUGGACCACAGCUAAUCCUUGCAAUAUCUCAAGUCGAUCCCGCAGUUUAUGACGAACGUAUCACAUGUCGGGUUUAACCAAAAUCACAACUCCCGGGGCGAUGGCUUUGAAACGCUUGUCAUAAUAUAUGUCAAAAUGAAUCGCUCUUCCAAACAGAUAUAAAUGAGAUAAAAUAAUUCGUCACUUCGUCGUUAGCAUGGGUGUUGUUCGCAUGCAACACCACACCCCAAGAUAUUGACGUGGUUCUUCGCGUAGGCAGUCGUCUAAUUAGUUAACCCCCUGGGUUUGAUUAAAUUUUUAUCAAAAACCAAGUCGAAGAUCACAGUUCCACUAUGACGUAGUUACCCACAAAAUUUGCUUUUUAAACUUACUAUUUUAGGUAUAUUUGUUUUAUUUAAUCAGAGGUGAAAACAUUCGUUAACAUUUACUAGGAUUGACAUUUUAGAACUCUGAAUUUUAUGAGCGAGUUCGCCUCCGCAAUUAUGUACGAAAGGAUUGCGCUUCCACCAUCGUAGGUUUGACCACCAAGUUCAUUCAUCUGAAACUAAUCUCACGUUAGAUUCGGACUCGUACCAUGGAUCGCCAUAAUAUCACGAGUCGCUUUCUCCUCGAAUAAACACGAAAGCGGAUUUUCUGCUACUUCCGUAGGGAGUUGCUGACUAAAUAAAUCUCUUCACACGAAUGUUCAUACUUAACUUCAGAUUUAUGUUGACUUAUUAAAUUUGUUAUAAAACUUCACUUAGCACACAAUAUUUCUCGAAGCAGCAUAUGGAAGGUUGAAAAAAAAAUUGAAAAUAAAACAAAACAACAAACAAAAACACUAAUGGCCAACAGCUCAGAAAUAUGACAAAAACGCCGAUAUAUGUUAAACAAAAGUUAAAUCCAACAAAUAAAUAGUUGGCACACCUUACUUAAAUCCACAUAAACACAGGCAGUUUGUGUAAAAAUGUCAAGGGUAAUGGUACUAUAUCGACAACGCAACAAACUACCCGAUUAUCAACAAUCCUAUGAGUAAUGUGCCGUCCUAAUUCAUAGAAAAAGUUUCAAUCAAAUUAAAUGCAAUUCAAUAUACACCACAUAUAAAUUGAAGUAAAAUCUCAGCUUUGCUAAUUUUCAUAAAUAACAACUGUAAUUAUUUUUCACUGUAGUCAGUCAAUUUUAUGAAUUGAGCAUAACAUCAUUGUAACAAUACAAAACUCAAAUAGUUUCACAUCGAAAACUUCGCAACCCCAAUUCUUGAUACAGAAUUAAAGAGCUUCCAUUUAUCCAUUUGCGCGAUAUUCAAAUAAGAUUUCCAAAACAAGUAAAAAUGAAGACCAAGAUAAAUCAGUUCAGAAUGCAUUUGAAAAAAUAAAAACUUCUGAGCAGUUGAAGAGUAAUUCAUUCUGGCAGUAGUUGAUUGAUUAAACAUAUGUUAACUUUCCUGAAUGCAAUAACCAAUACAUUUGAUAAGAGAAUAAAAUUCAAAUAAUAAAUGUCAUCCUCGCACUCAAAUGGCAGCAUAAUGCCUGAUCUUAAAACGAAAUUCACCAAACAAACAAUUUCUAUGUUUUUAAUAAAUUUCAUUUGGCUAUUUCAAGAACAAUAUACAUUAUUGAUUAUGUUGGAAACAAGAACUUAUCAAACGCUAUGAAUGAUCCUAAUUAAUAGCUCAUUGGUAAA